UAAGAGACUAAGAGUAAGAACAAUGAAGUGAAAUUUUCCUUUGGAUUCUCUCUUUCAUUCUAACUAACUCAAAACACGCUUUAUUCUUUUUUCCCUCCAAACUUAAAUAACUGAAUCGUAACAAACUCUUAUCUCACAAUGUUGGAUCUCAAUCUCAACGCUGAUUCCGUUUUCCACAACCACACUCUUCCACUCUCCGCCGCGCAAAUGGAAAGCUCCGGCAGCUUUGAUUCCUCCGUCGUCAACGCCGCCGACACUGAGGAUUCAUGCUCGUACGGCGAAGCCUACGCUUACAACUUCGCUAUACUCAACAGCAACAACUGUUCUGUCGACAACAACGCUAACUUCUCCGGUGAGCUUCAACGCUCUGGUGCCGGAGAAGCUGGUGUACGGACAAUUCAGCUUUUUCCUGCUAAUGAAUCGGGAAUCUCGCCGUCGGAUGGUAGAAACUGGAUGAGUUUCUCGUCCGAUCAUCACGGUGGCGUGCCGGAGCAGAUUGUUGUUGCUCCACGGCCUCAGCAGGUAAAGAAGAGUCGUCGUGGACCGAGGUCGCGGAGUUCGCAGUAUCGUGGCGUUACUUUCUACCGGAGAACGGGAAGAUGGGAAUCGCAUAUUUGGGAUUGUGGAAAACAAGUUUACUUAGGUGGAUUUGACACCGCGCAUGCUGCAGCAAGAGCAUAUGAUCGAGCUGCAAUCAAGUUCCGUGGUGUUGAUGCUGAUAUUAAUUUCAAUGUUAGCGAUUAUGAUGAAGAUAUAAAGCAGAUGAGUAACUUUACCAAGGAAGAGUUUGUGCAUAUUCUGCGUAGACAGAGCACUGGUUUCUCGAGGGGAAGCUCCAAGUACAGGGGAGUUACUCUGCAUAAAUGUGGACGAUGGGAAGCUCGCAUGGGACAGUUUCUUGGGAAGAAGUAUAUAUAUCUUGGUCUAUUCGAUAGUGAGCUAGACGCUGCAAGAGCUUAUGAUAAGGCUGCUAUAAAAUGCAAUGGAAGAGAAGCAGUUACAAAUUUUGAGGCAAGCUCUUAUGAAGGGGAGUUAGUUUCUCAGUGUGAUAACGAAGAUAGCAAGCAGAAUCUUGAUCUGAACUUGGGUAUAGCCCCUCCUGCUAACUCGGAUUUUCAGAAUGGGACUGGUUUAGAAGUUCAGCGUAGCUGGGAUGAUAUGCCUGUUAUUAAGAGUGCUAUGUUUGAGGACUCUGGGUCAAGAUCAAUCAAUACUCAGCCACCUUAUGGCUUUUCCAUAGCAUCUGAACAUCAACCUUCAUUUUGGAAUGGUACCAAUUACUUUCCUAUGUGUAAGGAAAGAGCACUAGAGAAUAGGAUGGAAGCUGGUGGUCCCGUUCCAAAUUGGGCAUGGCAACUCCAAAGUCCUUAUAAUAACGGGUCAACUUUGAUUCCACCUAAUUUCUCUGCUGCAGCAUCAUCAGGAUUCCCUUCAUCAGCCACAAUACCAUCAGCUGCGGAUAGUAGUCAACUUCAUUUUCCAAACAUGGCAUACCUUCACCCUCAUUUCCCUCCUCCAAUGACCAACUCCAGCACCAUACCCCCCUUCUAUUGCAGGAGCUGAAUCAUAGCCCCUACAAUAUAAAGCCACAUUCCUAAUUUUCUAGACGUCUAGUCUUUGUAUUGAACGUUAGGAAUAUGAUUACAAACUUGUAGGGCCUUAAAGUUGGAAUUUAAUUGCUUGCUUGAUUCAUGAGCUAGCUAGCUAUCACCAUUUGUCCUUUAAAUACACCUAUUUUCUUCUGUGUAAAAAAAUGCCCUGUUAAGGCAUGGUAAACCCUACUUUUUCCUGUUAUUAGACUAUUCCAAUGAGGAAAGUAUUUCCUUUGGUAUCAUCUUUCACUCUCCAUGCA